UGGCGAGCCGGAGGAGACAGGUCGCCGAGAAGGCUCGGCGGACGUGCGAGGAGGAGAAAAGAGAGAAGAGAGCCGGGCAGCUCUAACCGGGAGAACCCGGGCAGAAGCAAGAAACUGAGCCGGGGCCGUAAAGCUGCCUGCCUGUCCAGCCCGGCCUCCACCCCUGUAGCCUCCAGGAGUGAGAAGGAGGAGGAACAGAACAAGAAGACGCCACGAUUGCGGUCUAGGUGCAAACCAUGGGACAUUAAUUCUCCUUCCAGAGAUACAGAGCAACAUCAUGAAAUAUUUUGGGAUCCCAAUUCACCGACUUGUUUUAAAUUGGACAAUGGAAAGAAACAGACUUCAAGCAAAUGUACUGUUGAGAUUUCAGAUAUUGUUAAAAGAAUUGCACCCAAGGAAAAAAAGGCCCCGGAUUCUGAUGCUUCCUACUUCGGUGUAUGGAUAGGAGAUGAUGCAAUCCCCUGUACUCCAGUAGUAACCCGAACUAGAACUAAAUUGCAUAGAUCUAGAAUUCUGAAAACAGAAGAACAGCUCAUGGAAUUGGCAAAGCAGUUAGACAGGAAUUUGGUUGAACAUAAAGUCCAGAAUGAUGAUUCCUUGAUAGAAAACGGAAAGAAAGUUGUUACUGACGGUUGUGCUAAGGAGGAUGAUGAUGACUUGUCCUUGGAGUACAUCCCUGCAGAAGAUGAAGUAUCUCUAGCAUUGAAAUCUGUUAGCCAAAGCUCAGGAGUAGCAGUAGUAACGAGCAGUCAGAAGUCUGUGGACCAGGAGGCUGAAGAAGCACUUAAUGCUCUAUUUGAUUGUUCUACACAGAAAUUCAGUGGACGGUUAAGCCAAACUUUGUCACAUGUUUCCACAAGCAGUAUUCAAGAGUGUAUUUCGGACACAGGGAAAAAUCACCUACUGGUAGAAUGUACAGUUCCACCUGAAAGCAGUAAAAGUUCGGAUAAUUUUCCUUUCAUUUCAAAAGUACAUUCAGAUAUGCUGCAGUGCGAAAAAAAAUCUAAGCAAGCUAUGCCUAUUGGAAAGGAACCCGUUCAGUCCUUGGAUAUGGCUCAUUCAGCAUCAAAUAGCCAGGAUGACUUUGAAGAUGACUGGGGAGAAGACAUUCUUGAAGACGAUUCUUUUGCUAUGCAGAUUACUCAAAAUCCUGACUUGAUUGCUACUCCAAAAAGUAACUUAUGUUCGAAAACACCAAAAGGUGCUAAUUUAGAUACUGUAAGAGGGAAAGAAGGUUCUGUCUGCACAGCUAAGGUCAUUACCUCUAAUAAGCCAAAUAAUUUUAAAUUUGUACCCCGGAAGGUAAAUGAAGAUGGGGGGAGUAAAAUGAAAACCCCUGACCUAAAGAGAACUGAAACUUCAAAUGUGAGGAGAAUAGAAGACAGUACAAGAGACAGAGCAAUUACUAGUGCUCCUCUUAUAGGGUCAUUGGAGGCACAGGUUACAAAACAAAACACCUCUGCCCCAAAAUCUUCUACAAAUCCUUCCUCUAACUUUGGAGUAUCCAAAACGUACACCUUUUCAUCAAAGCCCUUAAACUCUAGAAAAGAAAAGGAUGAACUAACCAAAACGGGUAUCCAAGCUGUACAAAACACCCAUGCUGGCUCUAAAAACAAGGACUCUGUUUAUGCUGAUGAAUGGGAUGAUCCUAAGUUUUCUGAUGAAGUCUUAGAUAUGUUCUGUGAAUCUGACAGUCUGUGGGAAGAUCAGGACAAUGAUGAUGACCUAUUGUAUCAAGUCUGUGAUGAUAUGGAAAGGUUAACUCAGGUUCAAGCAUCUGAGGGAAAUCACGUUUUCACCAAGAGUGUUGUCACAAAUAAUAAAGCUGAAACCCAUGUUACCACAAACUAUUCUUAUGCUUCAAAUAAAUCCAGUGGGUGUGCGUUAAGUUCUAAUAAAAUAACUGCCAAAGGUGUUUCUCCUGCAUCUGUGAGUGGAAACUGCUCAAAUUCCCUUCAAAACAGCUCCAUGCAAAGGACAAACCAGGCUUCUGUGACAUUCAACCGGUCAAACUCUAUGCCUUCUGCGACAGAGUCUAAAAAGUAUGAGCCUCAAUCACAAAGUGUAAAGAAUCCACAAUCCACCACAAACAAUGCAAGAACUUCUCAAGCACCCGCAAAGUACUCUUUUACAAGAACUAAGCCUUCUCAAGCACUGUCUGCCCACACGAAUAACUCUCUUCCUGGAAACGAGAGCAGUUCUAAAGUGACUCAGAGUUAUGGUGAUAGUAAUAAAAGAAAUCCCUGUUUGCAAUCACAAGUGCUUUCUGGUCAGCAGUUGGCAUUAAAACGGCACCUUUCUGAAUCGACUAUACAACCAUCAAAAGUUUUUGUCUCAGAAGAUACAAGUAAGAAGUGCUCAAUGGAAGAGAUUGAGCGGAAAAAAACAGGAAGCUUUGACUAGAAGAAAAAUGAGAGAAAGAGGGUGUUCCAGUGACAAUGCACCUACAUAA